ACCCACACCCACACACACACACACACACACACACGCACACACACACACACACACACACACACGCCCACACACACACACACACACACAAAUGUAUUCAGAGCUACGUGGAGAAGGGACACGCUCCUCAUGCUGUCAGGGCAGGGAGGAGAGCAGGCUCAGCAGAAGAGAUUAGUCAUUUCAGUCCUGGAGAAUACAAUAACGCACCUCCUCUGGACUUGGUUACAGUUUGUGUGCGGCUCACAGAGGUUUUUGUAAUCCUUACCGCGCUAAGAAAAAAAAAAAAAACUGCUGACAACAGUGCAGGAAACAUGGAAGACUUCUACACCAGUGAGGAUGCUGACAUCAGUUUCAACGAUACUUAUGAAUACGACUAUGAACACAGCGUCUGUGAGAAAGAAUCGGUGCGUUCUUUUGGCAGCAUCUUCCUGCCAAUCAUCUACACCCUGGCUCUGGUGCUGGGCCUGGCUGGGAACGCCUUGGUGGUGGUGGUCUACACGUCCAAGUUGAGACUCCGGACCCUGACUGACAUGUGCAUCCUCAACUUGGCCAUCUCAGACCUGCUGCUGCUCUUCACCCUGCCGUUCUGGGCUGCCGACGCCGUCCAUGGAUGGAAGCUGGGCGUGGCCGGCUGCAAACUCAACUCCUUCCUCUAUAGCGCCAACUUCAGUUGUGGCAUGCUACUGCUGGCAUGCAUUAGUGUGGAUCGCUAUCGGGCGGUGGCCCAAAACUCAGCAGGCAGAACUGGGACGGGUACCCGAGUCAGGAGGCAGUGGAUCCUGGUGUGUGUGGCACUGUGGGCUUUAGCCAUCUUUUUUGGCCUUCCUGAACUCAUCUUCUCCAAUGUGAAGACUUCCCAUCACAGGACCAGCUGCACGGCCAUCUACCCAACCAGAAUGGCCCGACCUGCCAAAGCUGCCCUGGAGCUGCUGGAGGUCAUCCUUCGCUUUCUUGUUCCCUUCUUGGUCAUGGUGGUCUGCUACUCAUGCAUAGGCCGGGCGCUAACUAAGGCUGCUGGGGUGCGCAGAGAACGGAAAUGGCGCGCACUUCGGGUCCUCCUCGUCGUCGUGGCUGUGUUCCUGCUCACCCAGCUGCCCUACAGCGUUGUCAAGCUAUGUCGAGCGAUGGACAUCAUCUACCACCUCGUCACGGACUGCGAAAUGAGCAAGCGCUUGGACCGCGCUCGGCAAGUGACAGAGAGCCUGGCGCUGUCCCAUGCCUGCAUCAACCCCGUCCUCUAUGCCUUCAUCGGGUCUUCCUUCAGAGGACAUGUCCUGAAGGCUGCCAAGCACCUUGGACAGAGACUUGGAAGACACUCGAGGCAAGUCAACGAGGAGCCGGCAGUGGAGAUCGCACUCCACUCAGCGAGCCAGAACCAGUCUCAGUCUGUUUCGGAGGACCAGGACACCAGCACAUUCACUAUCUGAGACUUUAGCAUGUACAGUGUUAGCCAUCUUUACUGGCAUUCUUGGUAAAUAUGUGUUAAAAGCCUCAAAUUAAAUUCAUUUUUAUUGCAGUAGCAUAUUCUCAAACUAAAAGAAAUUGAGUAAAAAAUUUCCUGCCAAGAAAUAUUGAUGGCACAAUAAUUGAUACACCCGUGAAUCCUUUGCACAAACCAUCAUUGCCCAUAAAACAGGACUCAUACGAGGACAUUUUCACAGAGGUAACACACAAUUCAAAUUAAAGCGAAGUUUACCAAACUCUGCACAUUUACCAUUUCGAUGGUAGGUAAUUGAGACUUAAUGGAAUGUAACUGAACUAAUAGGUCAUUUUUUCAAAAUGAGAACUUGACAUGUUUAAGAUCAUUAUGAUUUAAUUUUAGUUUUUUGUUUUUUUUUUGGCAUGCAACAAGUGCUCUCAUUUGAGCACCAGAAUUCACCAGAAUUAUGCAGUAAUGUGAGGGUUGGGCAUGAAAUACUUUAUUUUCAUAAAUUAAUUAAAUUAAUUCACCCACAUAUUUAUUUACAAAUACGAAAAUCAAUGGGGGAACUUAGAAUAAUGUGUGUCGCCCUGGGGCACAUCAAUAUGAGGCAGGAGGAAAACUGGAAUCCAACCCACAAUCUUCUGAUUGUAAGGCACUCCAUUAACUACUGAGUCACUCUAAAGACUUUGCUAAUGACUUCCUGAAGCCUAAUAUUAUCACAUUAAAGUGUUUUAAAAGCCUUGCAGAAACCCUAUUCUUAAUUUUACAGCAUGUGAUUAUCCUACUAUAAUAGAAGAUGAAUUACUUGAAGGCUUUUUACAGAUAUUUACCACAGACACACCUAAAAUUCUCUGAUACUAUAUGCCUAUUUACUUGAUAUAUAUAUUUACAUGCAUUAGCUGUCAUACAAGCUAGAUAGGAGUAGCCGCACAUAACUUAACGGCAAAAAAAUAUAUAUAAUGUAAAGUUAUACACACUAAGCUAUGUGUUUUGUAUAAAUGAUGUAUUUUCUUAAAUAAAAGAACAAAGCCUCCAGCGACAUGCAUCUGUUACAAUUAAAUGCAGCUAAAUCACAAGUUGCUCAGGGGAACUGUUCAGAACAACUCCAAUCCAACUUUACAAUCAGCCCUGUCUUCCAAAAUCUCAUCUGCAUCGCAUUUCAUCACAUCCUGCGGCUUUGGGUUGGGAUGACGGAUGGCUUGGUUGCACAGUGGGUGACCCAUUGAGUCGAAAAACAUUUGGCAAGCAAAGACAGGAGAGCUCGCAGCAGGAAGAACCCUUCCAUGCCAUUAGAGUAGUAAACAGCAAAGUCGCAUGUUCCUUAGAGGAGCUUAAAGCCUAACCGCUGUUUUUCAUACACUUGUAUUUGUUUAUUUCAAUAAAAUAAAGUUUAAAGCGCAAAUGAUUUGCAGUGGAGAAGAACCUCCCACUAGAACUCGCUUUUUUAUUUUUUUAUGAUGCCACUACGCACGAUAAUGCCAGACCAACCCUGAUACACUUCACAUCUUGGCUCAGAGUGCUGGGUGGCCAGAGUCCAAUGUUUAAUAGUUUGUUUAAGCCUCUUUGCUCGACAACAAAGAAGGUUGAGUUUGUCUUGGCAAAGCCUGGUUUUAAAAUCCAUCUCAGAUACUUCCAACAGACAUGAAACAAUCUGUUGACUUUUUUUUUUGACGUGUUUAGUAGUCAUCAGCCCACCUGAGUCGGCCUCUCUAAAUCCUUAAGGAACUUUGGUUCUUAGAUCAAAGACAGAUGUCCAGCCUCUAAAUGUAUUUUGGCCAAACCUCAGCAGUGUACAAAUUUAUAAAACAAAACCUGCAGUAGAAAACCAUGUGACGACGAGGUAUGGGACCUUGUAAAAGUAUUAUCGCCUUCACAAAUUGUCCCACUGCAACCACAAAAUGAUGUAGAUUAGUGCAAGUGGAGAAAAACAUUAAUUUAAAAAAAAAACACAUUUUUUUACAAAUGAAAAUCAGAAAAGCAAAGCAACCUCUCACUAAAAUCCUGUGUCGCUUUCAGACAUCACCCAAUUAGUAAAUACAGUCAACCUGUCUGCGGUUUAAUCUCAGUAUAAAUAUGAUGUCUCAAAGGUUUCUUAGAGAACAUUAACCAACAAACAGCAUCAUGAAGAGCAUACAGCAGACAGGUCAGAAAGGAAGCUGGUUCCAGAGCAGCAUCCCUAACUUUAAACAUGUCAAAGAGUUCAUUCCGUCAUUUGAAAAUGAAAAGCAACUUCAGCACCACUGCAAAUCUAUCUAGAAAUGGACUGUCUGGGACAAAGCAGAGCAUUAUUCAGAGAAGAUGACAAGAAGCCUAUGGUAACUCUUGGCAACAGGCAUCAACAGCUCAGGCAGAAAAAAAAAGUCUCUGGUGAUGAAAAGCCACAAAACGUGCUGUUUUGAAGCUAACCAGAAAACCCUACAAACGUGAAGGAACGUCAGAUUGCAUGUGGAACAGCGUUCUGCAUGUUAUUCCUUAGCAGGGUCACAAAGCUGGGAGGGGUCAGUAGGAGGAUGAACUGUGGGCUAUACUGGAAAAAGAGCCGAGACUCUUUUUGCACCCAGUAGAACUGCCUGAAACAUCCAGUCAGAACCACAAUCCUGUUGUUUAAGCUGAAGUGUUCACAUGGCCUACACAAAUCUAAACAAAAAUGUGCAACAAGAUUUGAAGACUGAUGUUCACAGGUGCUCUCCAUCCACUCUCACUAUGCUAGAGCAAUUGUACAAAGACUUAACUGCAGAAAACAAAGUAUUCAAACAGGGGGGCAAAGAAACAAAAGCAUGCCAAGUCUUUCAGAUAUUUUUGUUUAUUAUAAAAAGGUGGAAAACUACUGUGUAUUUUUAUUCUGUCACUAUUGUGUACUGAUCUACAAUACAAAAUCCUAAUAAAAUACAAACUAAACCUGAGAUUUCUUUUCUCACUUCAGAGGUUAAAGAUUUAAAUUAAAGUGACAGUAAAGACAUGAAAUAAAGGACUCAAAGGAAAAAUUGAGAUUAACUUUAAGAAUCGCACCACAUAUGGAAUGCAUGGCCCUUCUCUUCUGGUGAGUGUUUUGCUUUAUUCCUCCAAAAAACAUAAAACAAGUGCAGAAUUCUACAUUUGAAAGAGAUAAAAAACAUAUCUAGAAAAAUAUGCGGUUUGCAAGUUUUUUUGUCAUUUUGCUUGUGUAACGGUGCCCACUCCCCUCCCAGAGCAUGAAGAUAACAGAUAACAAGCCUGGGAGCAAUUUGAGUGCAUUAUCAUGCCCAUGGGACAUAAUUAUACAGCUUCCACACCACAUUGCAUUGCCAGCCCUGUGCACCCUUUCAUUUAGAAACCAUGUCCAACAGCUUCAGGGGGAAAUGGUGAAGGUGAAAACUGCAUCUUUAUGUGACGCAUACGGUUUGGAGGAACUCUAAUAAGUUUAAGCCCGGGAGUGUAUUUCUACGGCAAGUAGCUCUGCUUUCAAAACAGAAACUAAAUUGUUUUUUCUGACCAUGAAACCUUGGUUAAGGAAGUUCCUUUUCGUUUCAUUCUGGAAAAAUAGACUGCAAAACCAAACCAAAGAA